UAAACUACACCACUUGAAAACCUAACCUCUUUUAGUAGAGAUUUUAUUUAAAAAUGGCCUGGCCAGAGGUAUUAACGGCGCAAAACGAAAAUCGGCACGAAAUUAUUCUUACGGGACGCGAAAUUUCCAACUCUAUUUCGCGAAACGGCGUCGAUCCAACGCUUUUCACUUUAGUCAACCUGAAUUACCUAAAUAUACACAGUACGGGCUUAGAGACCCUUCCCGAUGCCAUCGAAAAGCUCCACAACCUGCAAACGCUAGUGCUGCAUUCGAACAAACUGGCGACGCUCAACUCGAAAGUCGCCGGCCUAGACAAACUGAAAAUCUUGGACCUUUCGGGCAAUCUACUGCACGAACUACCCGACACGCUAUCGGAUCUAUCGCAAUUGGUUACCGUAAACGUAUCGAAUAACCAGUUAAACUCCCUACCCAAAUUCCGUACCAAUUCAAAGUUGGCCGUGAUCGACGCGUCGAACAACAACCUCGGCGCCUUUCCCGACGUGUGCCAUCCCGAAAUGGUGAGCCUCGCCGAGAUACGCUGCAGCAAUAAUAAAAUCGCCGAGCUACCGAACGCGAUCGGCGCGUUGUCGAGUUUAAAAGUUCUGCUCGUAAAUUCGAACGAGAUCAAGGAGGUUCCGGGCGAGUUGGCGAAGUGCGGCAAGCUGAAAGAUCUCAAUUUGAAGGAGAAUCCGAUCGCGGACAGGCGGCUGCUCAAGUUGAUGACGCAGGGGCACACGAAGAAGAUUAUCGACUACAUUAAGCAGCACGGGGUCACGACGACUGUUAGCACCGAGACGACGAAUAAGGGGAAAAAAGGGAAGAGGGCGGUCGACGAUGAGGUCGGUGCGCUCACCGAAAGUCUGUACAAAGUCAGCAUUAAUCAUUGCAACGACAAUUUAAGCGUUAUCGUCCACGAAAACGUUAAGAGUAUUCGUCCGCAUCUCAUAGCGUGUCUAGUUUUAAACGUGACGUUCACCGAGGAGAUUUUUAAGAAGUUUAUUCAGCUUCAGACUAAGCUGCACGAUACACUCUGCGAGAAGCGCAAUGUCGCCACCAUUGCGACACAUGACGCUGAGAAAUUGCUCGGUGGGAACUUGGUAUACACCGCGCUUCCGCCGAAUGACCUACGCAUCAAGCCCCUGAACGGUGGCCAAGAACUGACCGGCGCCCAACUAUUCAAAAAGCUUCAGCUCGAGGCGGAGAACCUACGAAAGGAGAAGAAACGCAACACGUACUCGGGCAUUCACAAGUACUUGUACAUGCUCGAGGGGAAAUCUCUGUACGCCUGCCUUACGAAUACGACCGGCGACGUGAUAUCGUUCCCACCAAUCACGAACAGCGAACUUACGAAGAUGACCAUGUCGACCACGUCCCUACUCAUCGAAGUGACCGGCGCCGGCUCACAGGGAGCCUGUAAAAAGGUGGCGGACACACUGAUCAAAGAAAUGGUUCCGCUAUUCGGGGGGAGCCUAACUAUACAGCAGGUGAAAAACGUUGACGUCGACGGUAAUCUAAAGUCGGUGUACCCCUCACGAACCGAUCUAGUUUUCGACGAUAACAGCGGCAUCGCCGUGCUACGAGAAUAAGUUACACGUUUUUUAAUGUUUCACAAUAAAGCUAUACAUUUAACAA